AUGGGUCAAAGGAGAGUAUCGUCAUAUUAUAUCCCUCCAAACUUUGAUCCAUCUGAUACAGGAAGGAAAUCGAAACCUAAAAAUGGACAGCAUGAUACACGAUUUAUGCUUCCAAUGGCAAUUAAAUGCAAUAAUUGCGGAUUUAUAAUGGGACCAGGUACCAAAGCAAACUCAAGAAAAGAAAUAGCGUACGGCCAAGAUUACCUUGGAAUUACAGUUUAUAGACUAUACAUUCAUUGCAAAGAAUGUUAUGGAGAAAUUGUACUGAAAACUGAUCCAGAGAAUUCUGAUUACAUUGUAGAGUCAGGAGGAACGCGCCAUUUUGAGCCUUGGAGAGAUUUCCGCAUUGAACAAGCAAAAGAAUUAAAAGAAAAAUUAUCAGGCAGCCGUAUAAAAGAAGUUGAAAAGACCAGAUCUGACACAAUGCGUGAUAUCAAUCAGACAGCCGAAUUAGAUAUGAUAACAAAAAAAGGACUGCAUCAACGUCGUCCUAAAUUAAGUGAUUUAGACAAAAUCUAUAAGAAUUCGGACACAAUAGUUCAUCAUUCUGAAUCUGAUAAGAAAAUUGUUGAAAAUUUUGUUGAGAAGCCCCAAAUCAAAGAAGAUAAAGUUCAAAUGAAACACAUUCCUAUUGGAACAACAAAUAUUUGGUCCUCAAUUGGAGAUGGAUUAGAUGAGCCUUAG